AUGAGUGCAGCAGCGAUUCUUCAAAAGGAGCUCAAAGAGCUCACCAAGUCACAGCCUUCGUUCCGGAUUGAACUGGAUUCUGAUAACAUCUUCCUUUGGGAUAUUGGGAUGUAUAUUCCGAACCCAGACUCCAAGUAUAAUGGCGCUUACUUGAAAUGCCAGAUGAGAUUCCCUAAUAACUACCCAUUUUCUCCGCCAGCGUUCCGCUUCACGCCACCGGUGUUCCACCCUAAUGUUUAUAAAGACGGACGUGUUUGCAUUUCAAUCUUGCAUGAGGCAGGCGAUGCCUUCAGUGGCGAGCCAUCCAACGAAACGUGGAGUCCUGCGCAAUGUGUGGAGUCUGUGCUGGUGUCGAUCAUCUCGCUUCUUGACGACCCAAAUAUUAACUCGCCCGCCAACGUGGACGCCAGCAAGAUGUUCAGAGACCACAAGGACGAUUAUUACGACAUUGUCGCCAAAGACGUGGAGCGGUCCAAGGAGGCCAUUCCUGACGAUUUCGAGAUUCCAGAUGCCAACGCGCGCGCUCAGGCCGAUGAUUACGAAGACGAAUGGUUCUACCAGGACGAAGAAGACGAGGACGACGAGGACGACGAGAUUGAUGAGGACGACCAAAGCUUCAUCGACGACGAAGAGGUCGAAAUGAGCGAGGAUUACGGCGAGGAUACGUCCAAAUAG